GUGGGUUUUGACAGUCUUCCUGAUCAGCUGGUCAGCAAAUCAGUGAGCCAAGGAUUCAGCUUCAACAUUCUCUGCGUGAAACUGGCAUAGGCAAAUCUACAUUAAUGAACACGCUAUUUAACACAACGUUCGAGAAUGAAGAGGCCAGCCACUUCCAGAAUGGUGUGCAUUUGCGCCCCAGAACAUACAGCCUGCAGGAAAGCAAUGUGGAUUUACAGCUAACCAUUGUAGACACUGUGGGAUUUGGCGACCAGGUUAAUAAAGAAGAAAGUUAUAAACCUAUUGUGGACUACAUCGAUGCUCAGUUUGAAACCUUCCUUGAAGAAGAACUUAAAAUUAAGCGUUCCCUUUAUAACUAUCACGAUUCACGCAUCCACAUCUGCCUCUAUUUUAUUGCUCCCACCGGUCACUCACUGAAAUCUCUGGACUUAGUUACCAUGAAGAAGCUGGACAGCAAGGUCAACAUUAUUCCCAUCAUAGCGAAGGCAGACACUAUAUCCAAGAGCGAGCUUCAAAAAUUUAAGAUCAAGAUCAUGAGUGAACUGGUCAGCAAUGGUGUUCAGAUCUACCAGUUCCCAACAGAUGAUGAAGCUGUGGCUGAAAUAAACUCUUCUAUGAAUGCAGUUCUCCCUUUUGCUGUGAUUGGAAGCAGUGAAGAGGUUCAAAUUGGGAACAAAAUGGUGUGGGCCCGACAGUAUCCGUGGGGAGUGGUGCAGGUGGAGAACGAGAGUCACUGCGACUUUGUAAAGCUGAGAGAGAUGCUAAUUCGUGUCAACAUGUUGGACCUGAGGGACCAGACCCACGCCAGACACUAUGAGCUGUACCGCCGCUGCAAACUGGAGGAGAUGGGCUUCAAAGACACCGACCCUGACAGCGAACCCUUCAGUCUGCAGGAGACAUAUGUGGCCAAGAGGAGAGAAUUCAUUGGUGAGUUACAACUCAAGGAGGAGCAGAUGAGACAGAUGUUUGUCAACAAAGUGAAGGAGACAGAAGCUGAGCUAAAAGAGAAGGAGAGAGAGCUGCAUGAGAGAUUUGAGAUGCUGAAACGUACACAUCAGGAGGAGAAGCGGAACCUGGAGGAGAAGCGUAGAGAUUUCGAGGAGGAAAUGAACACCUUCAACAGGAGGAAAGUGGCUGCUGAAACCCUACAGUCUCUUCAAGGCUCCUCUGCCCUCAAAAAAGACAAAGAGAAGAAAACGUAAGCCUUCUCCUCCUCCCUUUUUCCCCAUUUCAACCUCUGAGACUAUCUGUUCCCAUCUCUGGUAGUCACCGUCUGUGAAUGAGACUGAUCUGUGUCUGCAUUCACAAGCGUCUGAGGUCUUUUUGUUUGUCUGAGUUGGCUGACCGUCUUUGCUUCUUCUGGGCUCUGAUGCCAGGGCAGAGGAUGCUGGGAUAGAAGAGCUUCAGUGCUGUAGUAUUAGAGCACGCUAGACAGGAUCUUGGCAUGUUUAAGGAGAAAGAGAUAGAUGAUGACACUAGUUGCCUGGUACUGCCAGCUGCCGGAUCAGCAUGCAUUUACGCCCCCUGAUUAAGUGCGUUUGCCAUCUUUUGCACUCACUUUGAAUAAAAUGAGUGUUUGAUUGCUUGAAAUAUGUGUUAGUGCUCUUGGUUGGUUGCCAGUGGUUGGUAACAUUAUUUUUUAUAAUCUAGCUGAUUUGAUUUCUAUUAAACAUUUUCUUUUCAGCUAAUUGGCGACCCAAGGAAGCGUCAGCAUCAGUAACUGCUCAGUAAUUUUACAGUCACACCAGCUUGUCAUGCUUUCAGGUGAAGGUUAAAUGCAAAACAAGCACCAUUCAGACUGUGAUGAUCCACUGAUGUGUACUUGAUUCUUCUGGAUUUACAUUUUUUAUUAAAGGGUAGGGGUUCACCCAAAAAAUUACAUUCUGUCAUAAAUUAUUCACCCUCAUGUUGUUCCAAACUCGCACGACUUUCUUUCUUUUGAUGAACAUAAUAUAUUUUGAGAAGAUAUUUUUGUCUAUAAAAUGGAACUUAAUGAUAGGCAAAAUAUUUUUUUGUGUUAUGCUGAAGAAAAACUAUUUGGAAUUGCAUGAGGGUGAAUAACUGAUGACAGAAAUGUAAUUUUUGCAUGAACUGUCUUUUUAAGUAAACAUGAAGUUUGAUUAAAACCAGUUAACUUUGUCAUUGUCUUAUAUUAAUAUGGAACUUGACUAUGAUAACUGGACUUUUAACAUAUAAUUUAGACUUUUGUACAUUAAUGUAUUUUCCUCUUACCAGACUCAAAAGACUGUACAAAAGGAAUUGUUUUAUAUUAACCAGAAUUAUGAUAUUUUUACAUGUUAAAUAUCCCUGCUACACAAAUGCGA